UUCGAUCUGCGCACGUGAACGUAUAAGUCAGUCGGUAAAAUGGCGUCGGUAGCCAUUUCCACGGCUCUGAAGAAAAUAACAGCAUUAAGGGUUGUUGAUCUGAAAUCUGAGCUCAAACGACGGAAUUUGGACACUACGGGUGUUAAGAGUGUCCUUCUCGCCAGACUGAAGCAGGCUCUUGAGAGUGAAGAUGCAGACUUCAGCAGUGUUGAAAGACAACCUCCAGUAGGCACAUCUACUCGUAAAAGUGGAAAAGGCAAAGGUAGUAAAAUUGAUUUGGACCUGGAGACUACCAUGGAAGAUGAUGUGCCUUCCAAGGAAACAGAGGAGAAUGAGUCAGAGAAAGAUGUAACAGAUACAGAUGAUCAUACACGUGAAAAUUGUAAGCCUGCGCUCACCGAGGACAACCUCGCUCAGCCUGAGCCUGAGGGUGAGACCACUGCUGAACCUGAGGUUGAACCGGAGACAGAAGCCACGAUCGGCAAGGCCGAUUCAGACCCUGAGGUGCGGGAUGCUGACACGGAUGUCGAGCCAGAGGUGGACGCGGAUGCCAAGCAAGAGGCUGAGGCCGAUGCCGAGUGGCACGUUAACGAUGAGGCAGAGGCUGAGCCACAGGUCGACGACGAGGCAGAGGCUGAGCCGCAGGGUGACGACGAGGCAGAGGCCGAGCUGCAGUGCGAGGACGAGCCAGAGGCUGAGCCGCAUGGCGAUGGUGAAGCCGAGCCAGAGGCUGAGCCGCAUGGCGAUGGGGAAGCCAAGCCAGAGGCUGAGCCGCAUGGCGAUGGGGAAGCCGAGCCUGAGGCGGACAGGGAGGCUGAACCCGAAUUGGAAUCCGAAGAAGAGAUGGCUACUGAAGCCAUGGAUUCCUUGCAAGAAGCCGAGGACGAUCACCUAUCUGUGUCGAUGCAAAAUGAAGAUGCCAUCACCUUAGAUGUUGAUGGCGAUGAUCUUCUGGACACAGGUAAACAUGUAAAACUUCCAGAUUCAGAGGCCGACAAGGGCAGCGAUGAGCCUGAGGCCUCUGCCGAGAUGAAUACAGAUGAUGACAUGAAGAUGGAAGAUAAAGAUGGUAAGCAAGAUGAUGGAGCCUGGGGCGAAGCCUCGAAGGACAGCCGAGAGGUCACAAAGAAAGCUGAAGCCGGAGAUAAAGAAAAAGAUUCUGGGAAGAAAGGCCCCUCAUCUACUGGGGUAUCUGGUCAAGCAAAGAGCUCUUCCCGAGACAGAGAUGGAAAAGCUGCAAAAGAUGAUAAGGCAGUUGUUGGCAGCAGCAGCAGCAUUAGCUCUUCUCAUAACGUUUGGGUGAGUGGCCUGUCCUUCAACACCAAAGCAGCGGAUCUGAAGAACCUUUUUGGCAAAUAUGGCAAGGUUUUAAGUGCCAAAGUCCUAACAAACGCGCGCAGCCCUGGCUCAAAGUGUUAUGGUCUGGUGACCAUGUCUUCCAAUACAGAGGUGACACGUUGCAUCUCUCAGCUGGACUGCUCAGAGCUUGAUGGACAAGAAAUAUAUGUUGAAUGCGCCAAAAAUUAUCCUUUCAAAAAAGAAUCCUCAAAGACUGAAUUGGAUGAAAAAGCAAGUACUGGCAAGUCAAGUGAAAAAAGAAGUUCCACAGGGACGAAGUUGUCUAACAAAUCACAACCUUACCAAAAAGAUGACAAAUCUGGAGAAAAGGAAAAAGAUUUAUCCAAGGACAACAAAAGUGGCAAAUGUGAUUCUGGGUCAAAGAGUCCAGGCAGUAAUGUGGAGGGAGAUGAAACCAAAGGAAAGUUGACUUUUUUCAAAACCAGACCUUUUAGGAAAACAAGAUAUUUUGAGAAGCCUUUUGUUCCGAUGCCCAUGCAAAGACGUCCCAAAUGGCUGAUACCCCCUGAAGAGCUGGAGAUGAUUAAAAACAAACAGCGGUUUGUCAGUAAGGAGGACGGCUUUGUUCCUUUUGCGAAGAUAAAGGAGCAGAGCAUGCGUGAACGGAUGGAGCGCACUCGCAGGCACCGUGAAAUGGUGGAACAGGCGCGCCGGGAGCGGGAGUGCGAAGAGCGUGAGAACCUCUUCCGUGAACGGCAGAGACUGGAGAUGGAAAGGCAAAAGCUGGAGAGGGAGCGCUUUGUGAGGGAGAAGCUUGAAAGGGAGAGAAUCCGAAUAGAGCAAGAGCGGCGAAAAGAGGCAGAACACAUAGCAAGGCAACAAGAGCUCAGACGACAGCAGGAGCACCUCCGUUAUGAGCAGGAAAGGAGAAACCUGAAGAGAGGCCGUGAUGUGGAACAUGGUCGGAGAGACAACACAUAUUGGAACGGCAACAAGAAGAUUCCGGCCGAUGCAGCUGAUACUCGUCUAAACCAAGGCGGCAACUUCAACCGGCCACAGAACCGCUUCUCCAACUUCAACACCCGCCCGAGGAGCCGCUUCCCACAGGCCACUGACGAGCAGACCAACACGUUUGACAGACGCAACCGGUUCACCGGAGAGCCCGAAGCAAAGAAGAGUCGCAUCUCUCCUCCACGGGAGGGCGCCAGCUUCGAGCGGUACCCCAAGAACUUUGAAGCCGUGCGCCGGGCUGAGCCGCUACCUUCCCGCACCGACCUCCGUGACACUGACCGCAGGGAUCGAGACGAAAGGCGGCCCAUCCAGAUCCACGAUCGUCCGAUGGGAGCCAGGAUAUCCGGCAUGUCCGGCCCCCGCCCCCCCAGGGACGGAGGCCACGGAUGGAAGAACAACACCGACAUGAAUGCCAACAAGGGCGAGCUACGUGCACCCAUGCGAAUUCGUACGGAGCGAUCGGGCCGAGACGGGCCUGGUUCUGCACUCAGAGGAGGUUCUUCAGCCAGCCGAGGAAGAGGCUCCUUUAGUGAUCAGGACGGAGGAAGACCCAUGGUGAUGAAUAACCAGCCUUUCAGCUCGGGCCGCCGGGUGGUGGUGCAGCGUCACAGCAGGGAGCAAGGCAUGAGGAAGGAAUGGCAGGGUGGCUCGGCUUCUCAAGGCGGCGGCAGCGGAGGAGGAGGCUUCUCCGAAAACCGCAGGAUGAGCAACAGUCGUGGCAGCAUGAUGUCGCCGCCGUCUGGUCAUUCAUCUGGAAUGAGCCGCAUCGUCCAAAUCACUAGCAGCUCCGUUUCCAGCGGCGGCAACACGGGCAGCUUUAAGCCUUUCAAAGGAACGCGGCAGUUCUAAAUGUCCACCACGUCGAACCAAUAAAAACUGGGGACCCUCUGAUGUUUUAUUUUUUGCAAUAAGUCUUUUAGGUGGUGCAACCACAUUGGCCGGGUAAAUCAUUUUUAUUUUGUAUAAAAGUAUGCAUCGUAGGGUUUUUCUGACAAUUCCGCUUUGUGCACACGUUGAAUUGUACUUAGAUUGUCUUUGUAACAUGUCAAUAUUUGUCUCUAGUUGUCAUUUAUUUUCACAUAUUCUUACUCUUAUCAAAUCAAUUCAUGUCCUCCCCCACUUUUAAAAUAUUUCCAUCAUGUAGCACAAAAACAUUUGUUUGCUGUUACAUCCGGUUAGUAUGUUUUGUAAAUUUCUAGAAUUAUAGGUUUAUAAUUCAGGAAUUAUGACAAGAUGUAAUUUAGACCAUUUCAUAACUGUCAAUUAAUGCACAUGUGAGUGAAAUAAAAGACGAAUUGACCACCUGA